AUGGAUGUGAAAUCUCGAAAUCAUUUGCUUCUGAAUCAUGAAGCAUUGAUAAGAGACAUCAAGACCUCUUACAUUAUGGAUCAUAUGAUUGCUGAUGAAGUACUAACAUUACAGGAGGAGGAGAAAGUAAAAGCACAGACUACACAGAAAGAACGAGCUGCUAUGCUAAUAAAAAUUAUUCUUGCAAAAGAUAAUUAUUCAUACAUAUCCUUCUAUAACGCACUGCUUCAUGAAGGGUACAAAGACCUGGCUGCUCUUCUUCAGGAUGCGAUCCCUAUUAUCUCCUCUUGUAAUGGAAAUAAGUCUAUGGAUGGAGUUACUUCGUAUGUGAGAACAGUCCUCUGUGAAGGUGGAGUACCACAAAGACCAGUUGUAUUUGUUACUCGUCCAAAGCUGGUAAAAGCAAUUCAACAGAAACUGUACAACUUAAGAAAUGAACCAGGUUGGGUUACUGUUUAUGGAAUGGCAGGUUGUGGGAAGUCUGUUUUAACAGCAGAAGCACUACAGGAUCACCAUCUCUUGGAAGAUUGCUUCCCAGGAGGAGUACAUUGGGUUUCUGUUGGAAAACAAGACAAGGCAGGGCUCCUAAUGAAACUCCAGAAUCUUUGUAGUAGACUAGACCAGGACUUCUCUCUUUCACAAAGGCCACCGCUUAAUAUUGAGGAGGCUAAAGAUCGCCUUCGUCUGCUGAUACUACGCAAAUACCCCAGGUGUCUCAUGGUUCUGGAUGACAUUUGGGAUUCAUGGGUAUUAAAAGCUUUUGAUAAUCAAUGUCAAGUUCUUAUUACUAGUAGGGAUAGGAGUGUGACAGACUCGGUGACUGGCAAUAAGUAUGAAAUUCCUGUGGAGAGUGGAUUAGCACAUGACAAAGGACUUGAGAUUUUAUCUCUGUUUGUUAAUAUGAAAAUAACAGAUCUGCCAGAAGAGGCUGAUAGUAUUGUAGGGGAAUGCAAAGGUUCGCCUCUUGUAGUGUCAUUGAUAGGUGCAUUAUUACGAGAUUUCCCUAAUCGUUGGGAAUAUUACCUCAGACAGCUGCAGAAUAAGCAAUUUAAAAGAAUAAGGAAAUCAUCAUCUUAUGAUUAUGAAGCACUUGAUGAAGCCAUGUCCAUGAGUGUUGAAAUGUUAAAUGAAAAUUUUAAAGAUUAUUAUAAAGAUCUUUCUGUCCUUCAAAAGGAUGUUAAGGUGCCAACUAAGGUGCUUUGUAUUCUUUGGGAUAUGGAGACUGAAGAAGUGGAAGAUAUACUGCAAGAAUUUGUUAAUAAAUCUCUCUUAUUUUGUGAUCGUAAUGGGAAGUCAUUCCAUUAUUAUUUGCAUGAUCUUCAACUUGACUUUCUCACAGAGAAGAAUCGCGAUCAGCUUCAGGAGCUGCAUAAAAAGAUAGUAAAUCAGUACAAGAAACAUUAUAAACUACAUAUACCUACUCCAGCUCAAGAGGACUGUAUGUACUGGUAUAACUUUCUAGCAUACCACAUGGCUAGUGCCACCAUGCAGAAUGAACUUUGUGCUCUCAUGUUUUCUCUAGAUUGGAUAAAAGCAAAAACAGAGUUGGUAGGGCCUGCCCAUUUGAUUCAUGAAUAUGUAGAAUAUAGCCAUAUAUUGGAUCAGAAGGAUAGCAUAGUACGUGAAAACUUUCAGGAAUUUCUGUCUUUAAAUGGACACCUUCUUGGAAGGAAGCCGUUUCCUAACAUCAUACAGUUAGGGCUGUGUCAACCAGAGACUUCAGAAGUGUAUCAACAAGCCAAACUGCAAGCUCAGCAAGAACUUGUUAAAGGAGCAUUUUACCUGGAAUGGAUAAAUAAAAAAUCCAUGAAGAACCUCUCCCGUUUGGUUGUCCGUCCCCAUACAGAUGCAGUUUACCAUGCCUGCUUUUCCAAGGAUGGACAGAGAAUAGCUUCUUGUGGCGCUGAUAAAACCUUACAGGUGUUUAAAGCGAAAAGUGGAGAGAAGCUUUUGGAAAUAAAGGCUCAUGAUGAUGAAGUACUUUGUUGCGCUUUCUCUGCAGAUGACAGAUUUGUAGCAACUUGUUCAGUGGAUAAAAAAGUUAAGAUCUGGAACUCAAGAACAGGUCAGCUUGUACAGGUAUACGAAGAACAUGGAGAACAGGUCAACUGCUGCCAGUUUAAUAACACAAAUGAUCAACUUCUCUUAGCCACCUGCUCAAAUGAUACUUAUAUCAAACUUUGGGAUUUGAACAAAAAGCAUUGUCGAAAUACAAUGUUUGGUCACUUAAAUUCAGUCAGCCACUGCAGAUUUUCACCAGAUGACAAAUAUGUGGCUAGUUGCUCAGCAGAUGGAACAUUAAAGCUUUGGGAAGUGUGUUCAGCAAAUGAACUGAAAACUAUUGAUAUAAAAGACUUCUUCAGAAAUGCAGAUGAACACCAAGAUGAUGUGGAAGUGUUAGUGAAGUGUUGCUCCUGGUCAGCAAAUUGUGCUACAAUAAUGGUGGCAGCCAAAAAUCGGCUUUUACUUCUUGAUGUUAUAACCAGUGACUUGUUAGCAGAAGUCCUUAUAAGUCACCACAGUACAAUCCAGUACUGUGACUUUUGUCCUGGCAAUCAGUUGGUAACAGUUGCUUUAUCACAUUAUUCUGUUGAGUUAUGGAAUACAGAAUCCUUUUUAAAAGUAGCUGAUUGCAGAGGACAUCUGAGUUGGGUUCACUGUGUGACAUUUUCUCCUGAUGGAUCUUUAUUUCUGACAUCGUCGGAUGACCAGACAAUAAGGAUUUGGGAGUCAAGUAAGGUGUGCAAGUCCUCUGCUGUUGUGUUAAAACGUGAACUAGAUGUUGUGUUCCAGGAUGAUGAAGUGAUGGUUUUAGCAAUUCUCAAUCAGAAACAUCUACAACUAAUUAAUGGAAAUACAGGCCAUACUGACUAUCUGACUGAAGCCCAGGAAUCUCUUAUUUGCUGCUGUUGCCUAAGUGAAGAUCUUCAAUAUGCAGCAUUUGGAGAGGAGAAUGGAACAGUAAAGGUUUUGAAAUUGUCAAAUAAGAGAGUUUUCAAAUCCAGGACUGGACAUGAGAAAUCUGUACAACAUUGCCAGUUUACAUCUGAUGGACAAACCCUUAUUUCAAGCUCUGAUGAUUCAACUAUACAGGUGUGGAAUUGGCAGUCAGAAGAAUAUAUAUUUUUAAAAGGUCACAAGGAAGCAGUGAAGAAUUUUAGGCUUUUGGAAAAUUCAAGACUUCUUUCCUGGUCAUUUGAUGGAACAGUUAAGGUGUGGAAUAUUUGUACUGGAAAAAUAGAAGAAGAUUUUGUUUGCCAUGAAGAUGCUGUUCUUUCUUGUGCUAUUUCACCUGAUGCCACCAAGUUUUCAUCUACCUCUGCUGACAAAACUGCCAAGAUAUGGAGCUUUGAAAGUUCAUCUGUUCUUCAUGAGCUUAAUGGUCACAAAGGCUGCGUGCGGUGCUGCACUUUCUCCUUCGAUAACAAAUUCUUGGCCACUGGAGACGACAAUGGAGAAAUAAGGAUUUGGGAUGUCUCAAGAGGUGAAUUACUUCAUCUCUGCUCCCCUGUUACUGUAGAUGAAGGAGAAUCAACACAUGGUGGCUGGGUAACAGAUCUCUGUUUUUCUCCUGAGAGUAAUAUGCUUGUGUCAUGUGGAGGAUAUCUUAAGUGGUGGAAUGUAACUACUGGAGAAUCCUUACAAACAUUCUACACAAAUGGAACAAACCUCAAGUCAAUAUAUGUGUCCCCUAGUUUCAAAGUAUAUGUGACCAUUGAUAAUCUUGGUAUUCUUUAUGUGCUACAGAUGCUGGAAUAA